GUUCCUCCGAAGAGUACGCCUGCGCAUGACGAAGCGCUUAGGGCUGCUUUGGGACCGCAUCGUCAAGGAUGGAGGCUUGGGACUCAUCACGGAUGCCGAGGUGGUCACCAGCACGGUUACCGCAGCGGACGCGAAAGCUUUCCUGGAAGGCACUGACCUGGCAACGACCUCGGCGGCGGGGGCUUCAGCAACAGCCACGGCACAGCCAG